CGCCGGGCGCCCGGCCUCUCCGGCCAAGUGGGGAGCGGGCGGCGGGCGGGCAGGUGGCCCCGGGCCGCCGCGCCCGCGCCUUGGCUCUGCCCCCGGGAGCCGAGCGAGCCGCUGCUCCCUCGUGGUGUGAGGGCGGUGAUGUUUUUCCUCCCACCCACUUUUGAGUCCCCCCUCCCCCCUCGCGCGCACUCUAGCUCUCGCCACAACCUGCGAGCCCCAGACCUCGGAGGAGCGCCCCGGAGAGCUCGGAGCGCGUGCACGCGUGGAAGACGGAGCAGGCCAGUGGCCAGGAGCUUGAAUAUACCGGGCCCUGACAGUUUUGAGUGGCCUCUUGCAGUGACCAAAAUGAGAAAAAAGUGGAAAGUGGGGGGCACAAAGUGCAUCUUUUCCUUGUUGCUGUUCUUUCUUUUCCUAGAAGGAAGCAAAACAGAGCAAGUAAAACAUUCAGAGACAUAUUGUGUGUUUCAAGACAAGAAGUACAGAGUGGGUGAGAGAUGGCAUCCUUACCUGGAACCUUAUGGGUUGGUUUACUGUGUGAACUGCAUCUGCUCAGAGCUGGAGCCAGAAAAGCUAGAAACACCACAAAGCCAGGCCAGGAGGAGCUUUUGUCUGCAGUUGGCGGGAGGCUUUGAAAACGAGAGCAGUGGUGACCCCAGCUUCAGAAAGAUAUGCCAGCCAGCUAUCCACCAACCCAGCAGACGUGCUAGUGAUGAGAAAAGGGAAGAAAAUGCUGAUUUCAUUCAGCUCCUUGGGAAUGCGUCAUUCACUGUCUGGAAUGGGAAUGUGCUUUGCAGCCGAGUCAGAUGUCCAAGCCUUCACUGCGUCUCCCCUGUGCAUAUUCCACAUCUGUGCUGCCCGCGCUGCCCAGAAGACUCCUUACCCCCAGCGAACAACAAGGUGACCAGCAAGUCAUGUGAGUACAACGGGACCACUUACCAACAUGGUGAGCUGUUCAUGGCUGAAGGGCUCUUUCAGAACCGGCAACCCAAUCAAUGCACCCAGUGCAGCUGUUCGGAGGGAAACGUGUAUUGUGGUCUCAAGACUUGCCCCAAGUUAACCUGUGCAUUCCCAGUCUCUGUUCCGGAUUCCUGCUGCCGGGUGUGCAGAGGGGAUGGAGAAUUGUCGUGGGAACAUUCUGAUGGUGAUAUCUUCCGGCAACCUGCCAACAGAGAAGCAAGACAUUCUUACCACCGAUCUCACUACGACCCCCCACCAAGCCGACAGGCUGGAGGUCUGCCCCGCUUUCCCGGGGCCAGAAGCCACCGAGGAGCUCUCAUGGAUUCCCAGCAAGCAUCGGGCACCAUUGUGCAAAUUGUCAUCAACAACAAACACAAGCACGGACAAGUGUGUGUUUCCAAUGGAAAGACUUACUCCCAUGGCGAGUCCUGGCACCCCAAUCUCCGGGCAUUUGGCAUUGUGGAGUGUGUGCUGUGCACUUGCAAUGUCACCAAGCAAGAGUGUAAGAAAAUCCACUGCCCCAACCGGUACCCCUGCAAGUAUCCUCAAAAAAUAGAUGGAAAGUGCUGCAAGGUGUGUCCAGGUAAAAAGGCAAAAGAAGAACUUCCGGGCCAAAGCUUUGACAGUAAGGGCUACUUUUGUGGAGAAGAAACCAUGCCUGUGUAUGAAUCUGUGUUCAUGGAGGAUGGGGAGACCACCAGAAAAAUAGCCCUGGAGACCGAGAGACCACCUCAGGUGGAGGUGCACGUUUGGACCAUCCGAAAGGGCAUCCUCCAGCACUUCCAUAUUGAGAAGAUCUCCAAGAGGAUGUUUGAGGAGCUCCAUCACUUCAAGCUGGUGACCAGGACAACGCUGAGCCAGUGGAAGAUCUUCACCGAAGGAGAAGCUCAGAUCAGCCAGAUGUGUUCGAGUCGUGUGUGCAGAACUGAGCUUGAAGAUUUGGUCAAGGUUUUGUACCUGGAAAGGUCUGAAAAGGGCCACUGUUAGACGAGACAGGCGGUAUUGGAUAGGAUAGAGCAAGAAAAAUCAAGCCGCAGCUGGACUGCAGGCUUAUUUUGCUUAAGUCAACAGUGCCCUAAAACCCCAAACUCAAAUGCAGUUUAUUAUUCACGCCAUGCACAGCAUAACUUGCUCCUUUAUGUGUCAGUCCUUAAACAUGUCCUCCAAAGAGACUGGGAGAGUCUUGAAUUAUUUGUGGGAGGAAGAGGGAUAGAACACCACAGCACUGCUCUAAGUUUCUGGGAGAAUCACAUUUCUUUACAGGUUAAAGAGUAAACAAAACCGUAGGGUUUCUAUCUAGAAAGUUAUUCCAGUGAAAGAAACAGGAGAGAAAUGCUUAGUAGGAGUUCUGUAGUACAGAGAAAAUAUUUGUAUGAAAUCAUACUCUUUGAAUUUUAGAA